GGGCUGUCUGCACACUGGGAAGUAGCAAUGGCAUCAGCUGCUUCCUUCUGUUGAUUUGAUUUAGUUGACUAUGGAAACCGGUGGGAACCUCCAGCAGUGAAGUCCGACCUUUUCCCUUGCUGCAAGUACCGUGCAUUAACUGGAGCUAAUCUAGGUCCAGUUAGACAGACUUGGUGUCAAAAUGUACAACAGUGAUGACGUUUACAAGAUCUCUUCCACUGAGAGAGUCCAGCAGCUGGAAAAAGAAUUGGCAGUCCAGUUGGCAGAGUUGAAGGGAGAAAUAGAAGAUAAUGGAGUUCUGCAAGGGACAUCAAAUAAGGUGUACAGCUCUGUUCCAAUUCCAAAGGACGCAUCUUAUUUCAGGAAAGAAAGAGAGAUGAUACUGAAGAAAGGUUUACAGGUGGCCGAGGUGAAACCUCUCGUUGUUCAGGCUGAUGUCAUGCAGAGGGAGCUGGAGAGCUGUCUGAGACGAGAGUACACAGAAGAAAACCUGCCUCUGCUGCUGCACCAGUUUUUUACAGACAGAAUUACCCAGCUGGUCCAAAGCAAAUAUUUGCACCUGCUAAGGUGGCAGAGAUUCUGUAAGCACAGCAGUGUUAUUGAACGGCUCUAUCCUCUCUAUCAGAAGCAAGUUGGUCACAUUAUGGAGGAGUACAAUGAUGCAGUUCAGAGGGCUGCAAGGCUAUCAGUUGCCCGAGAAAACUUCCUGACAGGAAAGAAAAAUCCUGUAAAUGUGGUGACCCAGGAAGACCUAGUUAUUUACACACAGUGGCUAGUGUGUCACCUACACUCACUCAAGGCCAUUCACAGCUAUCUUAGGGUUCUGCAGUAUUUACCCAUCUCUCACAGAAUGAGUGUAACUAUUGAGAAACACCCUGAUGUGGCCCAGGACAACCAGGACAAAUUUGGAAGUGUUGCUGGGUCUGAAUCUUUGUCUUCUGAUGUUCGUUUCUUCCUGUGCCCCAGUUCAUCAUAUACUGAUGGGCCACACAGAAGGGACACUGCAUUCAUGUUGCCUCGUCACUGCACAGGAACUGAUGAGCUGAAACCUCAGCUCCAACUUCUCCUUUCUCACUUUGGUAUCUGCUAUGAUACAGAUAAUCUCAAGAACUCAGCUGAUGAGAUGCAGCUUUUUUCCCUGGUUGUCCGGAAAUUUCGAAACGUCUUUCACAAACAGCAGGUGAUGAGAACAUUUCCAGUUUAUGAUACUGGGAGGCCUGGAUCAGAAAACUGGGGUACAUUUGAUCCUAGCAUAACUUUAAAAAAGCGAGCGAACUGGAUUCCUUUUUUACGGAUCAAGCCAAAACAAGAUCCCUGGCAGCAAAAGCUCUUGACAAAAUUGAAACAGUGGAAAAAGGUGGAUCUGCUGAUGGAUCUCCAGUCAAAGUUUUUAGAGGUAUCCAGCAUGGAGCAAGUGAUGGAAGUUCUCCAGGAGCAUGCAACAUCAGUGCUAGAACCACAUCCAGUACCACUAAAUUUUGUGACUUCGUGCAGCUCAGGGCAGAAUAAUUAUGAUCAAAUCUGGAAGAGAAUUUACAGCACCUCUGAACUCCAUCAGGAACAAAAUUUAGAGGAUGAUAGCCUGGCUGUGGGCAAGAGUGAGAAGAACAUGGAAAAUGUCAGUCUCAGCAAGGAUCCAGGAUCUUCCAGGAAGAAGAAGGAAACAGGGUAUAGUUACAUAACAACUUUGCAGCUGCUGGGAUUAGAGGAGGGCACAGAGGCCAACAAUAAGGACGUGGUCAUGAGGAAAGGAGCGUACUUGUCUGUCCUUUACUUACGUCACCUGAGAAUCAGAGAGCUAAAGAGGGUCUGCUUGGGAGUCCUGAACUAUUUCAGAUCUGUUGAGCGUACCUUAACCAUUAGCACCUCUGGUCUCUUGGUUAAUGCUGGUAACCUUGUCCCCAGUGCUGAAGAUACCUGCUGGGUAAAUGCUGUCAAAGGAGGCAUUGGUAUGUCUGGUGGUCUUGGCUCUCAUCACUAUGUCUAUUAUACGCCAGCUGAUUUCAAGGUCCACAGUGCAAAGUUCAUGGAGUUUUUGGAGGUGGAAAACCAUGAUGACUUUUACACUACAGAAGAUGGAUGCAUUCACACACAGGACCAGCGAGGGGCUUACAUCAUAUAUGACUUAGCUUUAAAGGACCUGAAAGAGCUUGAAAACCAGCUGCUGCUUGUAGCAAGCCAGUACAUUGAGAAAGAGAAAAGCCAUAUAAUGUGCGGCAGUCAGCCCAGUGACAGCAACCUUCUAGGCUGGGCUCAUGCAUCUGUGGAUCGAUUUGCUGUGCUGCUUGACCUCUGGACUUGUGAGACCACUCUGUUAAAACAUAAAUGCCAGCUUUUAGAUGCUUAUUUUGAAGCUUAUCAACAUGCUCUUGAUGCAGAAGAAAGAUUUGCUUUGGCCCAAGCUAUAACUGACAUAAUAUAUAAACGCCCACGGUUUGAUCUCCGACUUGGCUAUUUUGUCAGCACCUACAAAGAUGAAUGCAUCUGCCUCAGGCUUCACCUGCAGCUGGUGAGGGAUAUAGUCAACCAGCAUAUUGAUUCCCAGCGGGAAUAUGUUUACAAAAUUUGGCGAGAAGGUCAGAAAGGUGGCAUCGGUGAAUUUGGACUCCCCCCUAACAUAAUUGCUAAGCAACUUAUAUCUCUCAACAGCCAUUUCCCUACUCUGAAAAACAUUUAUUUGCUGGAAUUUCACCCUUCUCUUGGCCUGGUGUCUUUAAUCCCUAAAUCUCUUGAACACCUCUCUCAGGAGUUCCACACCAUCUGUAGACCACAAACAGCAAGCGAGGCAACUAGUCUAGAUAAAAAAGUACUUCAGCUAGCGCUGGAUGAAUGGCUGUCUUUGGAAAAUCUGGAAUUAUUAUACAGCCCACAAAUUCAGAAAGAUUUAUUUUCAGAUGUAUUGGUGGACGACCCUGUCCUUGUGAAAGAAAUUGCUAUGUCUGUAGUUGAGUCAGGAGCAGAUGAAGAGAAGAAACAAAGCAAAGGAAAACAAACCUUUAUUCUGGACUCCUUCUCCAGGCUCCUGGAGCUAGUCACCCUCCGCCAUCGGUUAAUAGAAAGUACAAUGGAGAGUGCACGAUUAGCUAGGUUCUACAAGCUAUUUGCAAAGGAAAUGGGGUUUGAUGAGUUCCAUUUGCACUUGAGGCCAGUGCAUUUUGAAUUUGCUUCUCACAAGGAGAAAGCAGACCAGCCCCCACCAGUGUUCAUUACAGCUCUCCUGGAAGAUGACAGUACUGUGGACAGAUAUAUUCCAUCUAGUUUAAUGUUAAGUAUCCAGGAGAUUGACAAUCAAAUUGGAAAGUUUAGCUUUCAAACAAGAGAUAGUGUUAUUCAGCUUUUAUCCCCAUCUGGAGUGAAAAACAUGCAGAUCAUCCUUGCUUGUCAAGUCACUCAAAAAAAUGCUCUGAUAGCUGCUGUUCAGCAAGCCUCAUUUUGUCACGUAGCCCAACCUACAUAUACCCCGGACCUGAAGGAAAGAAAUGUAAGUUUGAGGAGUCGGAGCAGUUCAGCAAGUGGGAGAAAUUCUAGAUCUGGGUAUGGGACAGAAAAUCAGUUGGCAGUAGCACCGGCUAUUCCAUAUGCUAAAGGGCACCAUUUGGAUAUGCACCGAACCAUUAAAAGACCUCCAGAAGCCUUUAUUUCUAUCCAGCUGGAGAAAUUGGGGCCACGGGACCAGAUGCUAAACACAUUCAUUGAGAAAAAAGAAAUCAUGGGCAGCAGGAUGCAAAACCCUGAUGAAGUUUUGAAAAUCAAGAGGGAAGUUAUUGGUGAAUACUGUCAUAACCUGAGCCAUCGAAUGUCACACCAUGCGCUGAGAGGUCAGAUCAUUGCAUGCUACAAUAGCCUAAGGAAUCUACUGGAAGCUUUCCCUGUCAUCAGAGACAAAUACUUCAUGAUUGGGCUACCUCAAGAGAAAAAGGGGGAAAGACACUCAAAGGAAAACCUUCUGGCCAGUCCCAGAUCCUUUCAGCCACGGCCACGUUAUUUGCUGUCUCCUGAUGGACAAGCUUUCCUCAAUUUGUGGUUCAUCCCUCACUCUUCUGAAGUGCUGAUCAUGUUUAAAAUGCUGCCAGAGAAGGCUGCUUACAGAGCUCUUAGGUUGAGUCUGCAGAUGGUGGCUGCCCUUCUGGACAUUGUCUCAUACCUUUUGAGCUUUGCUCAGUUAGGAAACUCCCCAAGCUGUUUUGAUACCCUAAAUCCUGAGUGUCUGACUGCAGACUGGGGAGGGACUGAAAGGAUUGGAACUGAACUUCAGGAGAUACAGAGAAUGAUUGAUAACCUUCAGAACCCCCUGGAUCCCCACCAGGUUGCCCAGCUGGUAAUCCUUCAUAGAGAAGUUCUGUUUCUACAGUUUGAUGCAACAGUCAGGCAUCUAUUACGAGAAACAUUUUUGUCAUCUGGGAAUAUUUCGGCCUACCAGAGCAUUACAGACGGCAUGUACCACGGGCUGCCUCCUUUGAGUAACUCUGUGGUGAGGAGUGCAUUUGCUUCGCAGUUCGGGCUCCCACAGCCACUGGACCCACAUAGUUCCAGCGCGCUGAUGCUGUUUCCUUGGAGAGCAUUACUAGCGGAUGGAGGACCAUUUCCAGUCACUAUCAGCAACCUAAUUCCCAUAAAUUAUUACAUGCAGCUGUGCCUAUGCAGACUAAGCAAUGAUGAUCGAAAAAUUGCUCAUGGAGAGCUGGUUGGGAUUCAUUUUCUAAUAGAGGAUAUACUGGAGACCAGCUGUGAUGUUGUUAUGGAAGAUGAUGCUGAACAACAAACUUUAGCCAAGAAAAAACAGCAGAAUUUGGCAGAAAUAGUUGAAUCAAAUGCCAGCCUAUCAAAGAGUCGUGGAAAGACGUCCAAAGCUCUGUGGAGGCAACAUAAUCCGCUUACUUCCUGCACUUUGAUGAGAUCUUUUUUGAUAAUAUGGAAGCAGUUGUCAGUAUUGAAGGCAGAAUGGGGCAGACUUAAACUGAAAGUUGAGGAUAUCAAUACAGUUCCUCUUUACAGACAGUUUUCUGAACUAUUCUGCACUGACAUCCUACAUCCUGCUAUGAAAACCAUAGCGAGGCAAAUGGACAUAGAAGAUGAGUUUGAAGAACUUGUUAUAAGCUCACAAUCCAUACUCCCCCCAAAAGGAGCAUCAGAAAUUGAAAUCAAAAUGUGCCAGCUUCAAAAGCUGCUGGAGAGUUUAGAAAUCCAUAUGAUCCAUGAUGUCCAAAGGAAAAUUAACCAAGAGAUGACUCUAGUUACAUCUGAAAGAGCCAGAGAAGAAAGUGGCCUCCCUACAGAGCUCUGGAAGCAUCGUGUCAUGCAGGAAAACUUCUCAGUUAUAAGACCACAAAUUGUUGAAACAUUUGUUCAGAGGCUAAUGGAAAAUUCCCAAGAAUCUGAUGCAGAGAUUUCAUUUACAAAAGAUCAUUUACAAAGCUGCCUCACUGCACUGGGCUGUGACAUCAUGGCCAGAGAACGCAGCAACUUUGAGACCUAUUCCAUGUUUUAUGAAAACAUCCUCCAGCAGCAGCACCGACUGCUCUACCAGAAAGAACAAGAACUAUAUGCAGUAGAAGAAGAUGGAAAGCAAACUGAAGUCACCCUUAGUCAGAUUGCAGAGCUGAGUCAUGAGAUGAUUAUGGAAGUAACUGCUCUAAGAGCUAGAGUUGCUGAUUUAGAAGGUGAAAAGCUCAGUCUCAAAGAGAAGAUAAGAAAAGAAGUGCAAGAUGAAUAUGAAACAUUAGUGCGGAAUCUGUUUGUGACUUGUGUGCAGCUAAAAGGGAAGCUGGAUGACUAUCGCCUUAAUAUGUGUCAACAAGUGUUUGAGAUCGUCAGUGAAGUGAGAAAAGAAGGGGUUGACAGCAUGAUUGAACUGAAGAAAAAAUUUGGUUCAACCACGGAUGAUAAAGGAUUGAAAGAACAUUUGUCCACACAGGAGCAGCUGCAAGUCUUGCAAGAUGAAAACAGCAGGCUAGGGGAGCUGGUGUAUAAACUGAAAAUCUUGAACUGCUGGAAGCACACUGCACAGAAGGCACAACUCUCUUUAAAGCUGAGAACUGCAGAGAAGGAGGCCCUUCAAAACAAAAAAGAGUGUCUGACUGCUAAGAUGAUGGCAGAACAAGAAGUCACUUUAUUCCAUGAGCAGCUGGUGGCUGUGAGGAAGGCUCUGGCAAGAUCUGAAGCAGAGAAUGAAAAGCUGCAGAAACAGCUAGAUCAGCAGAAACAGCUGCUGCAAGAAGCAAAACAUAGGAUGACUCAGGAAACCAGAAGUAGGCAACAGCUGGAUGUGAUAAAGGCAGAAAACAUGCAAAAGGUGCGGGAAGACAUGGAGGAGAAAGAGCAGAGACUCCACUUCUUGACUGAAGAAGCUGAGAAAUCAGCUAAAAUAGAGCAACUUCAACAAAAAAAGAUCAGAAAAGAAAUGAGGCAGAUAAGGAGCCAGUUGAUCCAAGAGCGCAGUCUAAAACUGGAUGCUUUCCAGCGUGUGGACGAAUUGCAGGGUCAGGUUUAUGAUUUGGAAGCUGGAGCUUACCAGAAAAGCUCACCUGGAGGUAUGAGAAGGAAAACUACAAAUCGUCUCUCUCUCAGUGCUGGCAGCACAAAAAGGUCUUUUUCAGGUUCUACAGCCUGGACUCAGCGUAUGGUGGUUUCUGCAUCUACUCUUCCCAGGGGUUACCAGCAGCAUGUUUUGAUUCCUGAUGCAAAAUGUAGCAAUGUAACAGCAGGAACCACUCCAAGGCCAAAGACUGUGCCCAGCAGAUGGAGGGAGAGAGGGGUGGAUACUCUCUUCCCAGGUCUGCCUGAAAACUCUCAUCAUGCCAUCCUCCUACAGUCGCAUGAACAACAGCUGGCCCCAAAGUGAAGCAAAAUGGACUUUUAAUCAGAUGAGAGGGCUCUGGGUUUACAGAGCCAAAGGGAUGUACAAAUAUAUAGCAAUGUGUGCUCUGACAGACAGCCCUUUGCUAGCAUGAACUGGCAGUUGGAGUCCUUUUGUGUUAUAAACAAUGUACAUAUCUGGCAAUAAAAUGGAGAUCUCUUGGAACAGUAA